GGGUCACGGUUCAGUCACAUAACAAAACCCAAGGGGGCCUAUCGCUAUGAUGUGACUAACAUUGUGUUUGUUAGUAGUAUCAAUCAACACACCCUAAAUCCUGACUCUUCUGAGAAGGGGUGUGAGAAGGAGCCUGACAUUCUUAUUAACUCACUAUUGUAGAGGUUGUAUUGCUAGAGAACGUACUGGAGAUUUGGUUCUGUGCACCUUUUUGCAUUUAUCUUACCCUCAGACACGACAAACCUAGGCUGUUAUUGUUGGUCAGAUACACCAUUCAUUCAAAGCACAUACUCAUGUAAACUGACUCACUUCUUAGCUAUAAAAUUAUACUUGAGUCAUACAGAGGCAACUCUCCUUAAUAAAAGGUCACUCAUAUAAUUUUCAAAAUAUAUCUAACAACUGUCUGCCUUUCACUAGAUUGUACAAUCCUGACUUUGCUGUAGCAUUUGGCAGAAGAGAUUGUUGCUGAAGUUGUUGUAAGGAUUGGCAUUGAACAAAACAGAACUAAGUGUUCUUCUUUACUUCUCAGCCGUCUAUUCAAAUUACUUCUUCACACCUUUGCAGCAGAUCAACACUGUUAAGAAACACAACAUUUAGGCAAGAAAAUGACAAUGGGCAGUUAGAGUUAUGUAAUAUGGCUAGCAGCUAACAAACUAGUUAGCAGGCUCGGUUGUAAACAAGCAUUACGUACAAACUAACGUUACUGCUAGCAGGCCAUUGAAUGAGUGCGACUCGCCAAUGAACGAUUACGCAUGGUGCAACUUUCAAUAUUAUUAUAUUAGCUAACAACAUAAAUUACUAUAUAUGCAUUACUUGACGUGAUGACACAUGAACAUCGAAAAGUGUAACUGUCAACGGCAAUUGAUGAUAAAUGGAGCUAGCAGCAGACGAAAUCAACUGUGUCAAAAUGGCCACCUACCUAGAGAUAAAUGUCUCGAGCCUCACACAGACCACUGUGAUCGCUUGUCUCUGUCAAUUCAGCUAAUAUCCGAUAUAUGUUGGCUGGUAUAUUUAGAAGACCCAUCCUUACUGCUCACAAGGGUCUCCUCGGCCAGGCUGCUCCCUAAAAUAAGUGAUGCUGUUGGUCUAUUGAGGACGCAGUACUUCCACAGCUCUGCUGCGAAGCUGAAGAAACGACAACAACCAGAGCCUCCACCCAGAGAGUUGGACCUGCUCCGUUAUGACAUGAGAGACCUGGGAAAGAGCCCCAAACCAGCGCUGUACCUGAGCCUCUCGAGCCUUAUCCCUUUCAUCGCUGCUCCGCUCGUCAUGGCUGUGACCGAGACCUACCUGCCAGAAGUGGCCUUCGCCCAGGUGGCCUAUGGAGCGUCUAUCUUGUCUUUCCUGGGCGGUGCGCGGUGGGGCUUUGCCAUCCCGGAGACUAGCCCGGCCAAGCCAGACUGGAUCAACCUGGCCAAUAGCGUGGUUCCAUCCCUGUUAGCCUGGCUGGCCAUGCUGUUCAGCGACACUAUUACCCCAGCAGCUAUGAUGGUCAUCAUGGGGCUAGGCAUCUCCCUACACUAUGACCUGUCUCUGCUGCCCACCUACCCCAGCUGGUUCAAAGCCCUGCGUACUAUACUGUCGGUGGUGGCCUUCCUCUCACUGGUGGCCACACUGGUUCUCAAGGGAGUUUACCCGGAGAAGAUUAUAUUUUCAGAGCAAUGAAUUCAUGCUACAGAGUACAGACACAUUUGUAAUUGAACAUACUUUAAGUGUGAAUGGAAAGAUCUAUAAAAUGGUAAAGAGUUUGUGAUGGCAUAUGUUUGUUUGUUUUAUUUAUGGUACUUAAAAAUGGCUGACUGAUACUAAAUGUGUAUCCUUUAGGCUCUGGUUCUGGCAAUACUGUAACAAGCAGGUGGUACGUUUCAGACAUCUGCUGUAUAUCCAUGUGGUGGUUUGUCAGUGUCAUGCAUUAUUAUUGCAGAUAAUAAAACAAUGGAAUGGCGGCGUGA